AAACGCCUGAUUCUUUUUUGUUAGCCAAGAAAGCGUCAACAAUAAGUUGAUUCAUGUUCUCUAUUCGUUCGUUGGUUAUUCGUUAUAAAAGUCAUACAAAUUAGUCUCCGUCUUUAAUUUGAUUAUUUCCAAAAUUACAUCAUAAUAAAUCCUAAACAUGGUCCUAGAUCGAAGCCGGAUGUGAAACUGAUAAGGAUUAGCUAUUAUUUUGUGGAAUAUAAUUAAACUAGAAGAAUAAAAGACGAAUUUAUUAAAAUCAAGAUAGUGUUUACCUACAGUGGAUGGAUUGAGUGUAUUUUCAGUGGUGUUAAGUCUUUAUUUAUUCAUAUUUAAAUAUAACCCAGCACUCGACAGGUAAUAUUUAGUGUAAAUAAAGGAUUUUUAAAAAGGUUAGUAAAAAAUAAUUACACUAUUUAUCUGUACCGUUCAUUUUACUUACAUAAAGUUUCUACCUAUUGUAGUGUGAAUAAUUUUUGUUUAACUUAAGUUUUGCUGUAAUUAAAUCUAAAUAAUACUUAAAUUAAGUAUAGUAAGCAUUAAUGCUACAUUGUUUGGAUUAUUAAAUGAAUAAUUAUAGUGUAAAUUGUAAUAGUUAUUCACGUAUAAUUAUUGUGUAGGUAGAUAUAUUUUACUAUUGUAUCUGAUUCUAUUGUUCUAUUAUAGUAAAAUUUUAUACGAUUCUAUAGGGUUAUAAUAUACAUAUUUAGCAGAUUAGUGAACUAUUUACUGUUUGUAUGAUUCUAUUAAUAAACUGAAGUGGAUAAGUUAUACAGUCACGUAUCAAGUAUAUCUCUGUAACUACGUAGUGCAUAAUUCAAUAAUUUGAAUUUGUCCGAUAUUGAAUACUUUUUAAAUAUUAUUCCUAUAUACCUAUUAACAUCUGUACCUAUACUAUAAAUAUAACAUAUCGUAUUAUAAAGCUAUUUAAUUGAUUGAAAUAUUAUUUGCUCAUUGUACCAAUAAUAUAGUAAUAUAGUACCAAUAUAGUAAGGAUCUAUUGUGUGCCUUGUUUAUUACAUUUAUUAAUUUAUUUUUUAUUUGUAUAAAUUCCAGGUCGACAACACGCGAAUCCCAGAAUGGCCGAAGAAAGGGAAUUAGUUAAGAAACGUGGUAGUUUUAAAGGUCGUUUAACUGCAUUUAUUAACUAUUUACAUUCGCUAACUGACGAACCGUUAAGUCUUUCGGAUGCUAGAGAAUUACAAUUGCGUAUGGGUAAAAUUGAGUCGUUGUAUGAGCAAUAUGAUCAGGUACAGUUGCGUUUAGAGUGUAUUGUUGAUAAUAUUGAAGAGCAAUUUAAAGAACGCUCAGAAUUUGAAUCACAAUACUUCAAAGCAAUUGCUCAAGCUCAAGGUUUGCAAAAUAUUAAUGAAGGUUCUAUGAGUAGUAUAGGAAGUGACAAGGGUACUCGCAUGAGUAAUCAUAAGCUCGUUAAACUACCCACCAUCCAGUUACCAAAAUUUUGUGGGUCGUACGACAAUUAUCUUGAGUUCAGGGACACUUUUACUAGUCUUAUACAUAAUAACGAUGAAAUAGACGAGAUAAAUAAAUUCCAUUAUUUACGUGCAUCUCUGGAAGGUUCUGCUGCUGUGGUAAUCCAAUCAGUUGAGUUUUCAUCUAAAAAUUAUGCCGUUGCGUGGAAACUCUUGUGUGAUAGGUUUGACAAUAAACGUUUACUAAUACAAAAUCACGUAUCGUCUUUAUUCAAUAUUGAAGUUAUUACAAAGGAGUCAUCUGUAACUUUAAAACGUUUGAUUGAUCAGGUAAAUAAAAACCUACGAGCACUUGAAUCGUUAGGUGAACCUGUAAAACAUUGGGACACUCUUCUAAUUUAUAUUAUUACUCACAAAUUAGACAACAAAACCUUUCGGAAGUGGGAGGAAUUUAAAGGACGUAUGGAAAAGGAUGCCUCAAUAACAUUUGACAUCUUUUUACAAUUUAUACGUAGUAGCGCUGACUUAUUUGAAACAUUAGAGCUAUCACGUGUUAGUCAAAUUAAUUCGACUCAUAAAUCUACUGGUAGACUAAAAUCUAUGGUGUCGAUACAAGGUGGACAUACUAAUCAAAAUUCCAAUACAGCUGAAUCACAUCAACGUGUUUGUCCUAAAUGUAAGGGCGACCACAAUUUAGCAAAUUGCCCUCAGUUCCUUGCCUUAAGUAUUGAAGCGCGACUAAAAUUACUACCAAGCUACAAGGUAUGUUUUAAUUGUUUCCGCGCAGGCCACUUUGCCAAUCUAUGCAAAAAAUCAGGCUGUAAAAUAUGCAAGCGAAGACACAAUAGUCUCAUUCAUGUAACUAGUGAUCAGCCGGUACGUAAUGAAAAUAAAAUUACAUCUGUGAAUACACCCUCAGCAUCUACAUCAUCUGUGGCUUCACAUAAUGUAGCUUUGACCACACACAUAUCUAAUUAUAAUAAAGUUCAGUGUGAUGUGUUAUUAUCUACUGCCUUGAUUAAAUUAUAUGACGACAACAAUCGCGAACACAUUGUUCGUGCUAUACUAGAUAGUGGUAGUACAUCGAGUCUCAUAACUGAGACACUGUGUCAACGUUUAAAUUUGAUGACUUGUAAGGUAGAUAAGUCAAUUUUGGGUAUAAAUAACGCAACAUCAUGCGUAGGCAAAAGUUGUCAUGUACAAAUGACGUCAUUAAAUAACAAUUAUUCCUCUGAGGUUCAGUGUUAUGUUUUGCCAUCUAUUACUAGUAAUAUACCUAGUCACGAAGUGAAUAUUUCUAAUAUUGACAUACCAACUGAUAUUUGUUUAGCGGAUCCUACGUUUUUUAUACCUGCUCAUGUUGACAUUUUAAUCGGUGCUGAUCUCUUUUGGGAUUUGGUAGGUACGCGAAGAAUAACAUUAGGCAAGAAAAAGCCUGUUUUAUGUGAAACAAAAUUAGGAUGGAUAAUUUCAGGUCCUAUUUUUAGUCAUCAUGUCACAACUACAGACGUAAGUGAAUUAAGAUGCAAUUUAAAUAAAAUCGAUUCUACUUCAAAUCAGGAUUUCGAUGAUAUUCGAACUGAUCUGACACGGUUUUGGCAGCUUGAAGAAAUAAACUCCAAACAUAAUUAUCUGCCAGAAGAAAAGAAAUGCGAGGAGCACUUUAUCGCGAAUACAACUCGUCUCGAUGAUGGUCGUUUUUGCGUCCGUAUACCACUCAAGCAAACUUCUUCUGUCUUAGGAGAGUCAAUUCAACGAGCUGAACAUUGUUUAUAUUCUUUAGAACAUCGAUUAAAGAGUAAGCCUAAUUUAAGUGAAAUGUAUCACAGUUUUAUGUCAGAAUAUGAGUUGCUUGGCCAUAUGUCAAAAUGUGAACAACCUAAACUAGAACAAGAUGAGUACUUUAUACCCCAUCACGGUGUUAUGCGUGAUAGUAGUACAACUACGAAACUUCGGGUUGUAUUCAACGCUAGUAGCCCUACCACGUCAGGUGUUUCUUAUAAUGACAUCCAAAUGAUAGGUCCUAUUGUUCAAGACGAUUUGGUGUCAAUACUACUCCGUUUUAGGCAGCAUAAAUAUGUUUUGUCUGCAGAUGUAGAAAAAAUGUACAGGCAAAUUAUUGUCCAUCCAUCUGAUAGACAUCUGCAGCAAAUACUUUGGCGUAGUAAUACAAACAAGCCGAUACAAAAAUUUAUAUUAAACACGGUGACAUAUGGCACAUCUAGUGCACCAUUCCUGGCUACACGGUGUCUUAAACAAUUAAGUAUCGAAUGCAAAAAUGACAAAAUUGCAGAGAUCAUCGAACAUGAUUUUUACGUUGAUGAUCUUUUAACAGGAGGUGAUGAUCUGACUGAAGUUCAAGCUAUCCGUAAGGAGGUCACUGAUGUACUUGCUUCGGCUUGUAUGCCAUUAAGGAAGUGGAAAUCGAAUGAACCUCGAUUGAUUAUAGAGUCUCCAAAUAAUAAUAUUUCUUCAAUUGAUUUAAAUAUUGGGCACAAUGAUGAUGAUCCAAAUAAGUUAUUAGGUCUCAGUUGGCAUGCUAAUUCUGACGAACUAUGUUUUCCCAUAGGUUCUUUAAUCCCUGAUGGCAAUACUAAACGUGAUAUUCUUUCAUCAAUUGCACGAAUUUUUGAUCCAUUAGGACUUUUGGCUCCUUGCAUAAUUAAUAUGAAAUUGCUGCUACAACAGCUUUGGAUUCAAAAAUUAUCUUGGGAUGAACCAUUAAAUUAUGACCUUAAUAAGAAUUGGAAACGUAUUCGUGAAGCUUUACCCCUUUUAAACAAACUUCGUAUUCCAAGAAUUGUUAUUUGCGACUCACAUAAAUUGCUAGAAUUGCAUGUAUUUUCAGACGCGUCAGAACGUGCGUAUGGAGCUUGCAUUUAUGUUCGUAGUGUUAGUGAUUUUGGAAAGGUUUUAGUUCGGUUGUUGAUGGCUAAGAGUCGAGUAGCACCGAUCAAACCAACCACAAUCCCAAGGUUGGAAUUGUGCGGUGCAUUGAUAGCAGCUCGACUUUAUGACAAAGUCGUCACUUCGUUGAGGUUAAAAAUAAAUAAAGUUUAUUGCUGGACUGACUCCACCAUCGUUUUAAGUUGGUUACGUAUGCUACCUUCUAGACUUCAGCCGUUUGUACGCAAUCGCGUUGCCGAAAUCUUAGAAAGGACAGAAAACUGUACCUGGCGACACGUACCAACUGAUGAAAACUCAGCAGACCUAAUAUCUCGUGGUGUGGAUAUUAGUAAUCUGCAGAGUUUGGAACUAUGGUGGUCAGGUCCUGCAUUUCUUCGUGAUGACUUUGUGAAGUGGCCCCCUCAACCAAAACAUGUCGAAGUUUUACCUGAGAUUAAACAAGACCAUUCUUUAAACGCUAUUGUACACGACGUAAGCUCAAGAAGGCUCAUUGAAUUUAAUCGCUUCUCCAAUUAUUUAAGACUCGUGCGAUCGGUAGCCUAUGUUUUAAGAUUCAUAAAUUCAUGUAAAAGGCUGCCAGAAGUCUCAAUAUUUUUAAGUGAAAAGGAAUUGCGAUAUUCCUUAAUUUUAAUAAUUUCAAAUUGUCAAUACGAAUCCUUUCCCGAGUAUAAAUUACUUUUGAAUAAAGAAAGCUUGCCUAAAAAAAGUCCACUCUUAAAAUUUAACGUAUUCUUAGACGAAAAUAAUAUAAUGCGUGUUGGAGGUCGUAUUGACAACUCAAAUUAUUCUGAUGACAAAAAACACCCUAUUAUUUUACAGUCCACUCACAUUUUUACAAAAUUAUUAUUCGCAUUUGAGCAUAAAAGAUUAUUACAUGCUGGUCCUCAAUUAUUGUUGGCGUCCAUUAGGGAAAGUUAUUGGCCCAUAGGUGGUCGAAAUUUAGCAAAGACUUGCUAUCAUAAUUGCAUCAAAUGUACACGCAUAAAGGGUAAGGUCGUUACUCCUUUGAUGGGAAAUUUACCACAGCAGCGUCUUCUUUCCGGUGGUUAUCCUUUUAUGACUGUUGGUGUUGACUAUGCAGGCCCUAUUAUGUGCGCAAAUCGUCAAGGUCGCGGUUGCAGACUAGUAAAAGUGUAUAUUGCGGUUUUUGUGUGCUUCACGACUAAAGCCAUUCAUUUGGAGCUGGUGGGAGAUCUAACGAGCAACAAUUAUUUACUGGCUUUACGACGAUUUAUUUCACGAAGAGGGAAACCCGUUAAUAUUUAUUCUGAUAACGGUACGUCAUUUGUUGGUGCAUACAACGACUUAUCAAAAUUUCUAAAGGCUAAUUUUAAUUCUUUAGGCGAAAGUGCAGCAAACGACGGUAUUAAUUUCCAUUUUAUUCCGGCGUAUGCGCCACAUUUCGGAGGCCUCUGGGAAGCGGGUGUCCGUUCGACCAAGUACCAUUUACAGCGAGUGUUGGGUAAUUGUACAUUAACUUACGAAGAGCUUAACACUACACUUGUACAAAUUGAAGCCGUAUUAAACUCUCGACCACUAACACCACUUUCUUCGGAUCCAGCAGACUAUAAUCCACUGACCCCAGGUCAUUUUCUCAUUGGCCGAUCACUCACAUCCUUACCAGAACGAGAUUAUCGAUUAUAUUCCACGAAUAAUCUUACACGAUUCCAACGCAUUGAACAACUUCGUCAACAUUUUUGGACUAGAUGGAGUAAGGAAUAUAUUGCAGAAUUACAACAACGCGUUAAAUGGCGUUCCUGCAAGGAUAAUUUGAAGUUGGACACUUUAGUAGUGAUCAAGGAGGAUAAUCUUCCGCCGUUGAAGUGGAAAUUGGGAAGAAUUGUGGAAGUUCAUCCUGGACCUGACGGCAUAGUACGGGUUGCUGAUAUAAAAACGUCCACCGGAGUGAUUCGACGGGCUUUUAGCAAGAUUUGUCCAUUGCCAUCACUGUCUGGUUGAAGCUACGGCAUUCAACGCCGGGGGGCAUGUUUAAACGCCUGAUUCUUUUUUGUUAGCCAAGAAAGCGUCAACAAUAAGUUGAUUCAUGUUCUCUAUUCGUUCGUUGGUUAUUCGUUAUAAAAGUCAUACAAAUUA